AUGGUCAAGUUAAUCUUCGUUCUGCUGUUCAUUAAGAUGACAUCGCCAGCUGAGUUCUCCCUCAGUUUCUACCUGUCAGCCACCGAGAUUCCUGCCAAGGUUUCCACAACCAUUGUACACUCACAGUUUGUGGGUGUGGUCAUGCUGAAUAACGAGGUGGUGGGCUACUACGACAGCAAAAACAACAAGACUGCGGAACCCAAGCAGGCGUGGGUCCGAGCCUUCCUAAACGCAACACCCAAUCACCUGGAGUGGUACAACACACUAUGCCAGCGCCACCACAGCGACUUCAACACAGACAUUAGUAACCUGAAGCACCGUUUCAACAAGUCGGGAGGCAUGCACAUCAUCCAGCGGGUGAGCGGCUGCGUGUUCGACAACGAAACGGACGCGGUGACCGGUUUUAACCGUUACGGCUUCAACGGUGAGGACUUUAUCCUGUUGGACCUGGAAAAGAAGAGAUGGAUCGCAACACAUCCGGCAGCCGUCACCACCAAAAUCAAUUGGGACAAAGAGACGGCCACCAUCGAAUACAUGAAGUACUUCUACUUGGUUGAAUGUCGCAAAUUGAUCAAGAAGUACAUGGCUUUUGGGGAGGAGCACCUGAGCAAACAAGCGUAUCCCAAAAUGGCGCUCCUCCAGAAGACGCCCCAGUUGCCAGUCUGUUGCCACGCUUCGGGCUUCUACCCGUAUUAUGCCGCCAACCUGUUUUGGAGGCGAAACGGCAUAGAGGUCAAGAAGCACGUUGAACGCGAGGUUAUCAAGCCUAACCACGACAGAACCUUCCAGAGGAGCGUGCACCUCAAUGUGACGGCCAUCCCGGAGCACGAAUGGCCCGAGUAUGAAUGCGUCUUUUAUUUUGACGAGCACCUGGAAGACAAAUUGGUCACCGUCUUGGACAAAGCUGUGAUCAGAACCAACUAUUUGGCUCCAGGACUAGUUCCGCGUGGUUUGGUGUUCGGAGGCCUUGUCACUGUUCUGCUGUUCUUCGUGGCUGGUGUUUCUGUGGUGUGCUGGUUUUGGAGAAUAGAAGACGACAACGAGGAAGAGAAAUGA